UAUAUAAAUCUUAGCCCCAAACAUAAUUGCCUUCAUCGCCAGUCUUAACAAUAUAAAACCCUUCUCUACGAAGCACUAUUAUACAUCCCAAAGAAUAAUUAAUCCCCAUUCUAAUCCGUUCCGUUCAACGCAACUUAAGGGAUGAUCGCCAACAGUCAGCGGAUAUCCUUGCCGCCGACCGCGCCACCGCUGGUGCAGUCUCCUCGCCGCAGCCGACGGAAGGCGGCCAUCCUGAAGGAUCCGAAGAGGAAGAAGGUUCGAUUCGCUGAGAUCGCCGGCGGGAAAGUGGCAGAAUGCGCGGCCAUAUUCUGUUGCUGCCCCUGCGGUUUAGCAAACCUGUUUUUCCUCGCUGCCGUUAGGCUUCCGGCGGGGCUCUGCUGCCGGGCAGUCCAAAAGCGGAUCUUGAUCCGGCGGGCGAAGAAAAAGGCGAAGCUUUUCGAGUCCGGAUCAGGAUUCAACAGGGGCAGUAGUGGGGGAUCCGCUAAGAGUGGAUCCGUGAUCGAGGACGGGUUUGUUGAGGUCGCCGGUUCGCAAGGAAGCGUUUUGAUGGUUAUCGGGGAUACUUGGCCGGUGAGGUCCCCGGCGGCGGAGUUGGUGGAGUUCGAAAAGGAGGUCUGGUCUAAAUUUUGCGGUAGGGGAUUUUGGAGAAGUUCGUCGCAGAAGGAUGAUUUGUAACGGCGCCAUGACGGAGCUGCAACGAAGUUCCCCUCUCAGCAAAUUUAAAAGCUUGCAUCCCUCGAAAUGGCGUCAAUUACACGAUGCAGAAUUAAGUGUGUAAUAACCUCAAAAUAACCUUAGGUUCGAUGAGAUGGUUAUUUGAAGGUUAUUGAGGUAUAAAUCCCAAUAAUCUAUGAAUAUAAUAACCUUUCAAUAUCCUUCACGGGAUCUAUUUAGAUGUUAUUUAUAGGUUAUUGUGAGGGUAUUGCGGAUUAAUAAAGAAUAUAUGUAGAGUUACAUGCGUAUUACGUAGACAAAUAUUUCUCUUUGAAAUGAAAAGUGGAAGCUAAGCAUUAUUGUUUUCC